AUGUCUUCUGCACCGAAGAAGUCCGAUGAAACGGUUGACGAGGAUGCCACUGAAAUGCGAUUUCCUAAAGAAUUCGAAUCACGAAAUUGCGACGCGCUACUAACGUCGGAAGUUUUCUUAUUGUUGGAGCACCGACGACAGCAGAAUGAAGCAAAAGACGAAAUUGACACUACGAGUGAAGUCUUCGUCAAGACUCUCAACUACGCCCGUCGUUUAUCUCGGUUCAAAAACCGCGAAACAAUUAAAGCUGUACGCGCUAUAUUCUCCCAGAAACCUCUGCACAAGUUUGAGGUGGCUCAAAUCAUCAAUCUAUGUCCCGAAACAGCUGAGGAGGCCAAGGCACUCAUUCCUUCACUGGAGAAUAAACUUGAAGACGACGAUCUUGACGAAAUCCUAAGGGAUUUGCACACCAAGAAGACUUUUCAGUAG